AUCGUAUCGUAUUACCGUUACGGUGAAAUGAUUGUUUAAAUACGCGAGAUCGAUUUGACUGACGAGUUGACGAGCUUUCGUAAGAUGCAUUAUUUAGAUGUUUCGUUAGAAAUUCCACACCAAUCUGAUUUCGAAGUGACACCGGUAUACUUGAAGAAGAACAUACUCGAAGCCGUUCGACAUUUGUUUGGUGAGGAAGGAGCCAGCGGUCAAAUAGAUAUUCUUAAAUUUAAUCCGAGAACGUGCAGAUUCAUUGCGCGCUGUUCCUCCGGUGACUGUGUUCGACUACGCGCCGCUCUGACUGUGGCCACGAAGUACGAAGGCAAAACCUGCGUGUACACGGUUCACCGAGCUACGUCGAAUUUGUUGUCGCUCACAGCUGACAGUAGAACCCACAAACACGGAGAAAGUCCGACCGAGGUUUCGUCAUGCCGUUGAUUCGCAAAGAGGGCAA